AUGUCUUCAUACAAUUCUCGUACUGCUGUUGCAUCUGGUUCUUUGUAUCGUACAUCAAGUAGACGCAUUCCACCAAACCAAGAAGAACUUUAUUCUUCUUCAGAUGAAUAUCUAGCAUCUUUAGAAGCAGAAAAAAAUGAAUUGUACAACAAAUAUUUUGAUAUGUACAAUGAGAUUAUUGGUACAAUAGAAAAAAAUAAUAGCCAUCUUAUUUCUAUAAUAGAAAACAAUAACAAAUUACUUCAUAAUAAGAUAGCACCAAUCAUAUAA